AUGAGGGGGAGGGGCUGCUUUGGACUUUUCGUAGAGCAGUUGACCCCGCAGCAGCAGAUUGUGAUUAGUUGGCCGCAAUUGCAAUUACUAGUUAGGUGGCUUUUCUAUAUAACUGCUCUCAAUUCCUACCUUGGAAGGGUUCUUCUUCUUCUCUCCACCAAUCCUCAUCGCCAGCUUCGACAUCUUUGCUUCUGUCAAUUCGCAAACAAAAAACAAACAAACUCAUAA